UGAAAAUCUGCUGCUUUCCAUCAGAACCAGGGGAGUUUCUGCAUUUCACACAGCUGUAAGGAGUCAAUUUAAAAUCGGUUUUCUUUAAGCUCUCAUGAUGACUGAGAAUCUAGCUUUUAAUUCCACCUCGGAGGACCUGAACCUCUCCAGCUUCUCGGUGCCACAUGAUGAUGUUUGGACCCGCCAGAACAUCACCUACGUGGACUUCUACCUGCACAAACCCAGCGUGGCUGCCGUCUUCACCGUGUCCUACCUGCUCAUCUUCGUGGUGUGCAUGGUGGGGAACGGGGUGGUGUGUUUCAUUGUGCUUCGCAGCAGGAACAUGCGAACUGUCACCAAUUUGUUUAUUCUCAAUCUUGCCAUCAGUGACCUGCUGGUUGGUAUUUUCUGCAUGCCAACCACUCUUCUGGACAACAUCAUAACAGGAUGGCCAUUUGGAAGCAUUGUGUGCAAACUGAGUGGAAUGGUUCAAGGUAUUUCUGUGUCAGCGUCUGUGUUCACUCUGGUUGCAAUUGCCGUGGACAGGUUUCGCUGCAUUGUUUACCCGUUCAGGCAGAAACUGACGAUCGCCACUUCAAAGCUAAUUAUUGUCAUCAUCUGGGUCCUGGCUGUGUUCAUUAUGUGCCCUUCGGGAGUCAUGCUUCAGGUUACAAAAGAGCAGACCAUUAGGAUUGUCCUUGGCCCCAACAGCAACACCCGCCCCUUUUACUGGUGCCGGGAGAAUUGGCCCAGUCAGGAGAUGCGGAAAAUCUACACCACGGUCUUGUUUGCGAACAUCUACCUUGCUCCUCUCAGCCUUAUCGUCAUCAUGUACGCCCGCAUUGGUUUCACCCUCUUUAAGACCACGCUUCCUCCCACAAGGGGUAGAGGAAGUGUACCCAGAGAGGGAAAUGGCAACAACAAACAAAUCAUGGAUAGUCGUCACACCAUUACGCGGAAGAAGAAGAAAGUCAUAAUGAUGCUGGUGGUAGUGGCUCUGCUUUUUGUCCUGUCCUGGCUGCCUCUGUGGACGCUGAUGAUGCUGAGCGACUACGCCCGCUUGACAGAGCAUCAGUAUCGUGUCAUUAACAUCUACAUGUACCCCUUCGCUCACUGGUUAGCCUUCUUCAACAGCAGCAUCAAUCCCAUCAUCUACGGCUUCUUCAAUGAGAACUUUCGGAAAGGCUUCCAAGCAGCUUUUAAAUUCCAGCUGUGCUCUGUGGACAUGGUGCGCCAGAAAACCCUGUCCCAUCGGAUCAGAGGGAAUGCUGUGCUCCCGGUCCAGCCCACAGCUCCCAGCAGACCCAUCUCCAGAGCUGGAUCAGUGUUUGCAGGCAAUGGGAAUUGUUCUUGUCAGGAAGAAGAGUGCUUGGCAGAUGGAAAUGAUGUCAGACAGCAAGAUCUGAUCAUGGAGGACUUGGAAAAAGUAUCACAGAUUUGAAAUUUGCUUGGCCCAGUUCUGGCUCACGCAAUGUACUAACACUCGACCCAGACACCACAAAGAAUGACGGCCCUUUUGGUGGCCCAGAUGUGGUCUGCCAGAGAUGGUCCAUGCAUGGGCCAGCACCACAUAAACCAAACUACUAUUGAGCCACUUGUGGAAUUGACAAAUUUAAGCCACAUUAACUAAAUCACACAUUUGCCAGAUGUGGCAGGCUGUCUUAAAAACAGUGCCAUCAUUGCCAGAGCUGGCCCACAUUUGAUAGACAAACCACUUGCCACGCCAACAGUGCCAGCUUGCCCACACGUGUCUGAAAUGUGGAAGCUAAACAAAGAUGAGGAGUUACAUAAAUCCUUUCAGAACAUUGGUAAGUCGCAGCUCAAUAAAGGACUUUUGAAAUGCUCCCUUAAUUUCUGUUCAUGUUGUAAAGUAUCGGUUCUCUAAGCAGUUGUUAGCAUGAGUCAGUUUUGGGUUUCUUGUAAAUGUUUCACAAAAAAAAAGACAGAUUUAAUUUAUUUCAGUGUAAUAUUUAUUAUUAAUCAGUGAACUGAUACCUCUUAGUUUCAUGUUUAGGUAAAACAUAUUUGACAUAACUUUUAAUGUAAUCUUGAAGAUGACAGUUGAUUUGUUUGCAUGUGGAGAAACUAGGGGACA